AUGUCCAGAUUGUUUUACAAGUCGUACUCCACAACUACGGUGAACGUGGGACUUGCCCGUAAAUCGCCGGUAGAAAUGGCAAAUCGGAAAGCCCCGUUGAUUUUCGAGGUGCUCGCCGAGUGCGAGACCACGAAAGCAAGAACCGGCAAAAUAACCCUUGUGCAUCAUCACGUGGAUACGCCGGUGUUCAUGCCGGUGGGAACUCAGGGGACAUUAAAAGGAUUAUUGCCCCAGCAACUGGAGCAAUUGGAUUGCCAAAUAAUUCUUGGGAAUACGUAUCAUCUUGGAAACAGACCUGGUGCAGAUAUUCUGCGUAAAGCUGGAGGUUUGCACAAGUUCAUGAAUUGGAAAAGAGCCCUGUUAACGGAUUCAGGUGGUUUCCAAAUGGUUUCUUUGUUACAGCUAGCUGAAAUAACAGAGGAAGGCGUUAAGUUUAAAUCACCAUACAAUGAGUCUGAAUGCAUGCUGACACCCGAACACUCUAUUCAAAUUCAAAAUGCAAUUGGAGCCGAUAUAAUCAUGCAGCUCGACGAUGUUGUAAAGAGUACUUUAACCGGACCAAGGGUCGAAGAAGCGAUGCACAGAACAAUACGUUGGUUGGACCGUUGUUUGUCAGCGCAUGAAAAACCAGAUGAACAAAGUAUAUUUCCGAUCGUACAAGGUGGUCUCAAUCCUGAAUUACGAUCUCAGUGCGCACGCCAAUUGAUUAAACGGGAGGUGAAUGGAUAUGCCGUGGGAGGUUUGAGUGGUGGUGAAAGCAAGGACGAUUUUUGGAAAAUGGUUCACCUAUCGACGAAUAUCCUUCCAAAGAAUAAGCCACGGUAUCUCAUGGGUGUUGGAUUCGCAGUGGACUUGAUUGUAUGUAGUGCGUUAGGUAUCGAUAUGUAUGAUUGCGUAUUCCCGACAAGAACCGCUAGGUUCGGUUGCGCGCUAGUAAAAACUGGACAGCUCAGCUUAAGGCAGGCACAAUACAAAAAGGACUUGAAACCUAUAGACGAGUCGUGCGAAUGUAGCACUUGCAAGACUUAUACGCGUGCUUAUCUGCAUCAAAUUGCCACUGUGGAGACAGUAUCGUGUCAUUUACUAACCGUUCACAAUAUUGCAUUUCAAAUGAGGCUCAUGCGAGACAUUAGAGAUAGUAUAAAAGCACAAAGAUUUCCUAAGUUCAUACAGAACUAUAUGUUGACAGUUUAUCCCAAUAAGGAUUAUCCAACAUGGAUAAUUAACGCUUUAGAAGCUGUCAAUGUUACCCUCUUGUAAAACUAAAAUUAAUAAUUAAUAUUAUUGACGGAAACUAUCACUAAUAUCCCUUUUCUAUAACAUAUAUUUUUUUAGAAUUAUUAUAUAAAGAUUUUUGUAAUUUAUUUCCAUAACUUAGUUCCAUAAUUUAUUUUUCACAUUACGUUAAGAUUAUAGUAACAUAUCUAAGUAUUUGCAAGCCUCUUGUGUGUGUGUGUGUGUGUGUGUGUGUGCGCGCGCGCGCGCGCGCGUGUGCGAGCUUAAGGGGAUGCUGGAGUCGUCUGUUUUACCGAUUGAAUUUCGGAUACACUUUGCUUUUAAUUGAUUUCAUAGAAUUGUAAAUCCUUCUCCAGAAUUAAAGUAUAGAUAAUAACAAAUUA